CAUUCAAGCAUGCCUAUCUGUGUGCAGUGUACCCAGUACUAGCUGCUCCAGAGCCUCCAUCACCUCUAACCCCUUCCCCUAUCAUGUUUGAUGGCAGCGGAAGCAGUAUUUCAACAUUCCUCAAUAGAACAGCAUCAUUCACCUCCACAGGAGGAGUAUCAUCAGUAGCAUCCUCUUCUUCCUAUAUACCACAGACUUCCUCUGCACCCCCAGCUCGUCCUAUCACUCCAUACUCCCUUCAUGAUAGUGGAGUUGAGGAGUCAGAAGAUGCAGGUUUGAUUCCUAUGGAGUCAGUGUGUGAGCAGCUUCAGAGGGCUUUCAGAUUAAGUGGGACGGUGUUCCAGCAGUAUGAACAUCUUAUAGUGAAGACUUACAGCAAGAAGUCAUCACAGAGACUUUUAGCAGAAGAGUUAUCUGGUCAGCUGGCAGUUUUGGAAACCAACAGCCAUCCAUUCUAUUCCCCAAAGCAUUUUAUUACUCAAAAUGGAUAUGACCUGUGGCAGAAACAAGAGAGAAAACAUAUUUCUGAGCUGCUGGAUAAAUUCUGGAAUUCAGCUCUUCCAUUCCCACGAGAUAACCAAGAUCUUAUUGCUGAAUUGCAUAGUGUACAUGAGGACUACCAUAUUCUUCUGAAAAAGUUAUUGGCGUAUGAGAGCCAAUUCCGGCAAGGUUCUGAUGCUCUGUCAACUGGUAUGACAUUUCAACCCCUGUCCUCUGCUUCAUGUCGACUGCUGCUGGAGUUUGGCUUGCGAUAUGGCAUUGGUGAACUGUUUCGCAAGGUGCUUCUGCUGCAGUGUUUGGUAUGUGAGUUUUCUCCAACUGUUGGCUACCUCUUGUUUAUCAACAAUUUGGUGGUAACCAUUCAGCAGAUGUUGCCAAACAACAAAUCAGCUAUCGUCAUGGUGAAACAGGAGUUUGACAUCCUGUACUCUUCACUGAUGGUCCUCAAAGUUCAAGCAUGUAAAGCUUUGAGUCAGAUGAAACGCCUGUUCCCUGGCAACAAGCCAGCAGAUGGAGUAGAACUAUUGCUGGUGCUUCUCAAAUCUGUUCUGGGACUAAUGAAUUACCUGGCCCCUGGGAAUGCCCCGCAGGAGACGUUUGAAAACUGUGUUAAGGCCACUGUUCAGCUGAAUAUCCUCAUCCAAGACAUACGUGAAGAUGUAACCGACUACAAAACUAAUUUUGAAAGUGUGUUUGAAAAAUACUUCAGUAUCAGCAAGAUGGCUGCCAUGCAGUUCUAUCAGUUUCUUAUGAGGGAUGUAGAAAGCAUGUCACAGUCUGAUCUACAGCACCGGCCAUUGGUUGAGAUUGACCUUCGUAUGCUUGCUUUAGCUUACCGUUUAAAUACACUUGAUGCAGACUGGUCAGCUUACAUUACACCUGAUGAACAAACGUGGCGCCUGCCCUUUUUCUCAGUUCUUGCACAGUGGACAACAGCUGUUCGUGUACACCUGCAGAAUCUGGUGUUGGAUGCCGUAGCUGGAGAUGCUUACACUAGCCAGAAUCUUGAGCUUCCACAACCAGUUCUAAGGUAUCAAACAGCUGUAACUCCAUCAGACACCCACAGUAUAUCAUACUCACUUGUAUCCCUCUCCCCUUCCAUUAACAGUGCCUUCAACAGCAUUAUUUCAUCUAGGGAUGCCACGCCACAUCCAGACUGCUUGCCUGACAAUUCAGAGGCUCAAGUUCCUGCAAGUACUGAUGAUCUUGAAGAUGCAGAAAUUCAAAAUUUUGGACUAACUGAAUAUGAAAUGAGACCAAGUGGAAAAUCAAAAUAUGAUACAAGAUCUCUUAGUAAUAGGAACAUUACUGACAGGUCACUUUAUUUCUCUGCACAUCGUAGAUUUUCUUUGCCAGCUAAUCUUGAUGAGUCCAGGUCCUGUCAGCAGUUUACAAUUAAUCAGCAGUUCAGUGUUAGUGACCAUUUUUUAAAAGGCACCAGUCAGCAUCGGACAGUCCUCAGUAGAUCACAGGUGGAUGUUAUUUCUUCUGAUUCAAAUUCUGAAAGAGUUAGCCAGAUAAGCACAACUCCAAAGCAGACAGUUACUCCAGUGUCUUUACUCAGCAAUGACAGUGAAGAGAAUGGUGGUCACCCAGCUGCCCCAUAUGAAUCUGGAGAUGAAGAGUUUAAUUUCCCACCUCUAAAAAUUGUGUCUCAAAGAUCAACGUGUCCAGGCAGUCCUUCAGAUUUCUCCAGGCCAGUAUUUUCUGUGCCUGGAUCAUAUGAACGUGAUAAGCCAAAACCGUCUAUAGCCACAGGCAGAAAUCACAUUCUGAAAACACAUGCUCCACACAGCAUGUCCUCAAGAGCCUCGAGCGUAACACCAGACACUGCAGAAGAUGAACAGGAAAUAGCUGAGUGUAUAGAAUCAGGUGUGUCUUUCCCACAUCCUUCUGACAUAAAUCAAGCUGUGAUGCCGGUCUCUGGUUCAGCAGUUGACAUACUAGUAAUGCUGCAGCGUCUGUGCUCUUUCUGUAGCAACUUAGUUCAUGUAAUAUUGGCUGAGAAGUCUUCAACAACUGAAAGCAGACAGUCAUCUUCUCAAACAGUGAAACACUUUUUCUCAGGUUCUGCCAUCACUGGUCAGUGUUCUUUGGGAAAAGCAGAAAUUUCAUCAGCAAUGUGCAAUAUGCUCAUUGUUUACUCCAGCAACAUCAUCUGUAUGGAUCUGUGUGCUACAACAAAGUCGGUGGCCAAACGACUGCUUGGCCCCAAGCUUGUUGAGUUUAUCGAGAGCCAACAGAUUGGAGGACUGAUCUGGGGCUGCAGACACCAAGCAGAAGCCUCGUAUGACUGUUUAUUCUAUGUCAACCGGAAAACCAAGCUACUGAGUGACCGUCAUGAGCCGGUAACCCAACACAUGUGCACACGGAUCAACAACGUAUUUGCUUGUCUGCACAUCUUGGAUGCCUAUCAGAAAAAGCUGCUGAAAAUCUUUCACAUUGAAGAAGAUAGCUUGAGUUCUGACAGCAGAAGCAGCGUGGAAGACGUCCUUGGUCGAUGGUCUUACCAGUGCAGGCAGGUUGUGGACAUGACACACCAGCAUCUGAUGGCAACACUGACUGGUAUAUGCAGACUGUUAGCUUACAAGGUGAAUGGCUUACAGAUGGACUGUUCAUUCUCCUUGCAACAAAAGCAUCCUGCAGAGACCAUAGUUCAGACUCUGGCCCCAGUGACCACGUUUCUGCAGAAGUACUUUGACUGUCUCAGCACGUGGUUAUAUCAUGACUGUUUCCGGCGUGUCCUUGAUAACUUGUGGGUCUUGAUUGUACAGGAUAUUGAGUUGCGCACAGAUGAUCUCAGGAAAUCUCCCAUGUCUGCCAGCACAAUGGCACACAAUUGGAUGUUAACUAUCAGUCAUUUGAUAAAGUUCAUGAACAACAGUGGUAAAGGCAUCAAGAAAGAUCUGCUGCUUGCUCAAGCUAAUCAUGUAAUAUUUCAGCUUCAAUUGUACACUUUGUCCACAUCCCAUCUCAUUGCCCUGUUUCACAGUCUCAGAUAUUACUAUUUUGAGGGAGAUGACCUUACCUUGGAGGAAAAUGCAGCUCGACAACCUCCAGCUAUCAUUCAUCGAAUCCACCAUGAACUGCAGUCUCUACGCAAGUCUUUCAGUGGAGCAGAACUUGUGCACUGGAUUGUGAAAAAUAAAGAAGCUUUGCCUGCAGGCAG